AGGCUAAGGUAGCAGAAGCCACUGAUUUCCUGUCACCUGGUAUCUAUGAGAGGCCCCAGACCUGCCUUAUGUCAUUCACCCCUGUGUACGUGAGACACCAGCAGUGGAAGUGAACUCAGCAGCAAGCAUCUGAAUCAGCCACACGCCUAAGGCCUUGGACACUCAGGAAUUCUGAGGGUGAAAUGACAACAUCCAGAAAUUCAAUGAGUGGAACUUUCCAAGCAGAUCCUAUGAAAGGCCCUACUGCCAUGCAUCCUGUUCAAAAAAUAAUUCCCAAAAGGAUGACUUCAGUGGUGGGCCCUACACAAAACUUCUUCAUGAGGGAAUCAAAAACAAUGGGGGCUGUCCAGAUUAUGAAUGGGCUCUUCCACCUUGCCCUAGGCGGUCUCCUGAUGAUUCACGUAGAUGUCUAUGCACCUAUCUGUAUAACUCUGUGGUACCCCUUCUGGGGAGGCGUUAUGUAUAUCAUUUCUGGAUCACUCCUGGCUGCAGCGGACAAAAACCCCAGGCAGAAUUUGGCCAAAGGGAAAAUGAUAAUGAACUCAUUGAGCCUCUUUGCUGCUAUUUCUGGAAUAAUCUUUUUGGUAAUGGAUAUAUUUAACAUUACCAUUUCCCACUUUUUUAAAAUGGAGAAUUUGAAUCUUGCUAAAGUUUCCAUGCCAUAUAUUAACAUACACAACUGUGAGCCAGCUAAUCCCGCUGACAAAAACUCUCUGUCUAUACAAUAUUGUGACAGCAUACGAUCUGUUUUCUUGGGCAUUUUUGCCGUGAUGAUGAUUUUUACCUUCUUCCAGAAACUUGUGACAGCUGGCAUUGUUGAGAAUGAAUGGAAAAACCUGUGCUCCAAACCUAAAUCUGAUGUAGUUGUCCUGUUAGCUGCUGAAGAAAAAAAAGAACAGCCAAUUGAAACAACAGAAGACAUGGUGGAGCUGACCGAAGUAUCUUCCCAACCAAAGAAUGAAGAAGAGAUUGAAAUUAUUCCUGUCCAAGAAGAAGAAGAGGAAAUGGAAAUAAACUUUCAAGAACUUCCCCAGGACCAGGAACCUUCACCAAUAGAAAAUGACAGCAUUCCUUAAAUGAUUUUUUUUUCUUUCUGUUUGCUUUUCUUAGCAUUAGAAACUAGUGUUCAUAGCUUCCAAGAGACAUAGCCACCCCUAUUUCCUGAGGCCUUCUGCAAGUAUCCUCCAUCUGUCUCUCUGGCCUUUGCAUGGAAUGACCACAGCUCACUCACACUCGCGCGCGCUCUCUCUCAUGCAGAGAAUACAGCCAUUGCAGGGGACUGUGCUGGCACGUUUCCUGUUUGGGGCAGCUUACUUACAUUGGAACAAGGCAGGCUAGCUGUUAUAUACCACAUGAUUUCUCACUAGCCUUUUCCUUGGAUAAGGCUUUGUAGUAGUGGUCAGUGUGGUAAUUCCAUCUCUGCCCCUAAUGAGAAAGAUAAAUGUGGGCUCCAGGCCAUCCUGAAACUAUUUUUAGUUCCUUCCACAUCUACCUAUUUUGUGGAGUCUCUUUUACUCUUAUGGAAAGUAAACAAUAGUAAUAAUGAGGGGCAUUAAGGAUCUAUUCUAUCUUUCUAUGGGGCUGACACUGUGUCCACUGCUCUUAGAGUGUCCACACCCCAUCAGGGAAGCUUUAAGUGGCCAAAACUCAACCCCUUCUUUGUACAAAAAGCACAGCUUAUAAAUG